GAGGUUUGCCUUUGUUUGAGUAAACCCCUUUCACUAAGGUUUUGAAGCAUUGAGGUGUUGGAAAAUUUUAUCGUGCGUCAAUAUUCAACUAUGUAGACACAAGAUAUAAACUAUUCAUGUAUCAAUUGGUUCACAAAGUUGCAACAGCACCUAUUCCUAUAUAAGUAUUUGUGUAUCAGCUUCUGAUAAGAAUUUAUUCAUAUGUAUCAUAUUAGACUCAUAAUUGUUGUAGCUAGUGUGAGGUCAGUUAAAUUUCACAUUGCUUAAAAAAGUGGAGGUCGAGACUUGAGCAUAUUUCAAAAUGAAUCAACAUUCUAAUAUUGAAUUUAAAUUGGCUAAUAGUAGUAGGAAAUAGGAAUAGUGAUAUUUUUCAUGAUCCUUCAAAUACAAAAGAAAAAAUUGGAAGCAAUGCAUGCCGAAAAAUUUAAAAACCAGAAACAUGUCAAUACAUACAUGUUUCGAUUAUACUGGUAGUAGUAUAGUAUUACAAUCUGGAAGUAUAGCUAGUAUUUCAACUGAGUAAAACAAUCCCCCUAAAAUGAUACUUAUUUCCACACUCUGUGAUAUGAGUUCCUUUGUUUUUUAUGUGUAGAAAUAAUGACUUAAUCAAGAAUCAAUAUAUCAUGUGAGACAAAAGUUAAAGUUAAAGUUAGUGUUAGACACUUAAUAAUACAAAGGAUAUUUUAGGAAAUGCUGAAGUUCCACUACCUAAUCAUUCAACUCAACACUUGCUCAAUUAUUUUCCUUGUAUUUUCCAUUCACCUUCCCUCAUUCCCCAACUUUUCUUAAAAGUCUUUUGACAGUAAUAAUACAUUCACUUUCUAUGCCUAUAAAUACUGCUUUUUAACCAAUCAUAUCCACAUUUUCACUUCACUACUCAAAACACCAUUUUCUUUUCUUCUUCUUCUUCUUCUUUUGUUCUCUCAUCUCAAACUCUCUCAAGUGCCAUGGCAACAAAAAAGAGCAAAGCCAUAGGCAUCGACCUUGGCACAACCUACAGUUGUAUUGGAGUGUGGCAAAACAAUCAUGUUGAGAUCAUUCCAAACGACCAAGGAAACCGUAUCACCCCUUCUUAUGUUGCCUUCACUAACACAGAAAGAUUAAUAGGUGAUGAUGCUAUAAACCAAAUGGCCACAAAUCCACAAAACACCGUGUUCGAUGCCAAACGUUUGAUUGGUCGUCGAUUUUCUGAUGAAUUAGUUCAACAAGAUAUAAGGCUUUGGCCUUUUAAGGUUGUCCCUAACAACAAAGACAAACCAAUGAUUGUAAUCACUUACAAAGGUGAAGAGAAACAUAUUUCACCUCAAGAGAUAUCUUCCAUGGUUUUGUCUAAGUUGAAGGAUGUUGCUGAAACUUAUCUUGGUCAUGAAGUGAAAGAUGCUGUUAUCACUGUUCCUGCUCACUUCAACAACUCACAGAGACAAGCUACAAAAGAUGCAGGAAAAGUUGCUGGUUUUAAUGUGAUGAGGAUCAUCAAUGAACCUACUGCAGCUGCUAUUGCUUAUGGUUUGGACAAGAAAAAGUGGAGAGAAGGUGAAAAGAAUGUGCUUGUGUUUGAUCUUGGUGGUGGAACUUUUGAUGUUUCAUUGGUGACAGUUGAUGAAGGAAUGUUCAAGGUUAAGGCUACACUAGGAGAUACACAUUUGGGUGGUGUUGAUUUUGAUAAUAAUUUGGUGAAUCGUCUUGUGGGAUUGUUUAAGAGAAAGUACAAGAAGGAUUUGAACAUCAGUGUGAAUUCCAAAGCUUUGGGGAGGUUAAGGUCAGCAUGUGAGAAAGCAAAGAGGUUACUUUCUUCAACUUCAGAGACAACCAUUGAGCUUGAUUCUCUUUGUGGAGGGAUUGAUCUACAUGUCACUGUUACUAGAGCUUUGUUUGAGGAAAUAAACAAGGACUUGUUCAUAAAGUGCAUGGAGACUGUGGAGAAUUGUUUGGUUGAGGCAAAGAUGAACAAAAACCAAGUUGAUGAGUUUGUUCUUGUAGGAGGGUCUACUAGAAUUCCAAAGAUUCAACAACUAUUGAAGGAAAUGUUCAGAGUCAACGGAGAAGUCAAAGAGCCUUGCAAAAGCAUUAAUCCUGAUGAAGCCGUGGCUUAUGGUGCAGCAGUUCAAGCAGCAAUAUUGAAUUUUGAAGGAGACAAGAAAAUUGAAGACUUAUUGUUGUUAGAUGUUAUGCCUUUUAGUCUUGGUAUUGAAACUAAAGGUGGUGUUAUGUCUGUUUUGAUUCCAAAGAAUACUAUGAUCCCUACAAAAAAGGAGAAUGUUUUCUCUACAGCCUCUCGUAAUCAAGAUAGCGUUUCGAUCAAAGUGUAUGAAGGAGAACAUGCUAAGACUGAGGAUAACUUUUUUCUUGGAAAAUUUGAGCUCUCAGGGUGUUCUUCAUCACCUCGAGAGGUUCCAAAUAUCAAUGUUUGUUUUGAUGUUGAUGUUGAUGGUAUUUUGGAGGUUACUGUUGAAGAUGAGACAAAAGGGUUAAAAAAGAAGAUGACUAUCACCAAUAAGGAGGGAAGAUUGAGUCAUGAAGAGAUGAGGAGAAUGAUGAGGGAAGCAGAAAGGUAUAAGGUAGAGGAUGAGGAUCUGAGGAAGAAGGUGAAGGCAAAGAAUUUGUUUGAGAAUUAUGUUUAUGAAAUGAAGGAGAAAGUGAGGAAGUUUGAGAAAGUAUUGGAGGAAACUAUAGAAUGGUUUGAUAGAAACCAAUUGGCUGAAGCUGAUGAGUUUGAAUUCAAGAAGCAGGAGUUGGAAAAGAAUAUGCAGUAUCUCUAAUUUUCAUGCUAUGCUAUGUAGAAGUGUUUUAGAAUAAUUUUACACUUAAGAGUUUGAAGCAAUGUAAAAUAGUUUGAGCUUUGUUACUCAAUUAGUGUUUAUGAGAUUCUGUCUACUUUAUGGUUAAUUUAUGUACUGUAUGUGAAAUUACUUAUGAUAUAUGCAGUAAAUGUUGGGUUUGUUAGA